AUGGUAAAAUCGUCCAGGGAUUCUGCUGUCCCUUCACCUGGUGAAACUCGUCCGAUAUGCUGUCCAACAACGCCGUGCAUCUCUUUGGAGGACGUUUACCACGACGGACAAUGUUACCCAACAGCUUACUACGGUGAUAGCUGUCAUAUAUCUGCUCAAUGCUCUCCAUCUCGCAACUCAACCGAUGAAUUCUCGGAAAACUCACCGUUGGAAUGUGUCAAAGGUGUUUGUGCCUGUCGCGCUGGGUAUAGUCACAUCGAGGGCGAAUGUAAACGAGUAAUGUGCACAGUCGGUCUACGUGGUGAGCCAUCAGUGGACAGGAACAAUCAGCUGAUUCGGUGUACUCGAUCUGAUGACUGCUCCCAAGGGCAGAUGUGUGAUCCGAAUACGCAUGUCUGUUGCAAGGGCACGAAUAGUGAGUGA